AUGACUCAAGCAGCUCAAAUGCAACAGCCCACUGAGAGCGUCCAGUCUAUGUUCCCCAAUGAUGCUGGUGGUGUAAACAACACGGCUAGCGAGACCCACGUUGACUCCUACCGGUCGCUUGACCCUGCUCGCGCCUCCUUGGAGGACUACAACCGCUCUAUGUUGCAGUACACUCAACGUCAAAUGUCUACCUUCGUUGACGUUGACGACUCUCAUAGCGGCAGUGGUACAAGCAGCCGUAGCAGCCAGAGCAGCGGCCAAAGUGGUCGCAGCAAUGAAGGUACCGGCUCUGGUCUGGCGCGCAGUGCCAAUGGCCCCCUACCUCCGUCAACAACGCCGCUCACUUGGCUGGGUCCAAGAUCAGCGGGCGUGACAUGGCUAAUGACGAGUGCGCUACGUACUAAGCCGUGUUCACAUGGCUUCAUACAAGCCAUGGCUCAUGAUAAUGUCAUUUGA